AUGGUUGACUUCAAUACUAUCGCUUCAUUCGUUAUAACAGAUGAAACAGAUUUCAUGGAGAUUGAAAUAGAUGGAAAGAAGCACGAAAUAAGAUUUCACAAUAAUGUAGAAUAUAAGAUGGAAACAUUAGCUGGAGUGUUAAAUGCUCUCAUAAAUACUACAAUAAACAAGGAUAACGAAGAAAACUUAAUGAAUGUUAAACUUAUUGCAGGAGUUUUGAAGUUCAGUUAUGCGAAGGAGUUUAAGAUACCACGAAUGAGUCAUAGAGUACAACUUCUUUUGGGUGCAUACCAUAUGACAUUUCCUUUGAAAAGUGUUGACAAAACGAUUGAGAUGAAAUCUGUUCCAUACGUAUGUUAUGGCAAUUGUUUGUACAUUGAGUCUAAAAUAGCUAAUGUCACAGGCAUUUCAGGAGUUAAUAGUAAAGGUUCAGUAGAAUAUAAAUCCUUCUGUUAUGCAGUAAAUUCAAUGUUCAUUCCAAACGUUCCUGUCAUAGCAACUCAUUUAGGUAAAUGGGUUCGCAUUAGUCCUCAUAAUUUGAAAGACAUGCAAUUCAGACUUGUUGACUUUCAAGGAGAGCCUGUAGAACUGAAGGCACCAGUGCGAAUGACUGUUGAA